GUUCAGCCAUCAGUAUUGUUCGAUUAUACCUAGGUAUAUAAUGCCUAUUACUUCGUGCUACCCAGGUUUUGACGUCUACCUACUAUCUGAUCAGCCAACAAAGAUUCUGUUUACUUCCAGUGACAGAGUUGAAAGUCACAGUAGCUGCUAUUACUGCUGCUUCUUAUUCAUUUUCACAAUGCUGCAAGAAAAGGAACCCCAUUGGCUCGACCGCUAUGCGUCUUCUUACCACGCCUGGACGCUCUCCACAACCGCACAGGGUCGUCCAUGCUUCACCCGCCUCCAGGGCCUCGUCGAGUGUUCCUUUGACUUGGACGGGCUGUACUACGGCGGCCGUGCAGACAUGACAGCAACACUGAAAUGCGUGAUUGCCCAUCAACUAUCGCCCGCAGAUUGGCGGCGUCGAAUUGCGCUGGCGUGGGCUGCGCUGCGGCUGCGUCACGUGCUACUGCUAAGCAGAGCAUUCGAUAAACCAGAGUCUGGAGAGCGGUGUUUUGCAGUUGAGGUACCGUGUACGCUGGACGAGGCUGUAGCAGACGUUGAGAAGCGCAUUGUGUGGGUCGAAGAUCACUACCAGGCUGUUGACCCAGAUGACUUCCACAACCAUGCGUUGAGUGUUGCGCGCAUUAUUGAGCCAGAGUCUUGCUUGUCUAAGCUCCACGUCUCCCCGCUACGCUCCCUAUCUGAUGGGACCUACGAGCUGAGCUUUCUGAUCGUUAUGGCGCACCAGAUCUGUGACGGACUCACCACAUAUGGGUGGUUCAAAGACUUCCUCCGCCUUCUCAAUCAGCCUGUGGACGUCAUAGAAGACGAAAUCACCGCCUCCCUCCAGGUGGACGUUCUGCGAACCAGACUGCCUUCCGCGCAGGAAGAUCUGUAUCCGCCUAUUAUUGGUAACCGGGCACGACAGCGCUGGAUUUGGGCCAUUCUCCGCGUCCUACGACACAUUAAGCGUGCGCCGCCACCAACUUUUGCAAACCCACUAUACCGUUCUAAGCGUCUUGAGAAACCAGAGACUAUGCAGCAGCGGUACGCUAAAGUGUUCUCGUACGAAGGCGCCAAUAUGCCACCUAUGUCGUCAGGCUUCAUAAUAGCAGCUCUCUCAAAAGCUGCAUCAGCAAAGCUCAUCAGCCUGUGCCGUGAAGCAAAGCUGAGUAUUGGCGCGGGCUGUUUCGCGCUCGUGGGGCUAGCGAUGAUGGAUUUACACGCGGCGCAGAACCCAGGAGCCUCCUCGUUCCCUGCUAUGACGGCCUCCUUCCCACUAGACCCACGCGGCUUCUUCGCUGAUCGUCCGCCCGCAGACUCGUGUAUGCUUGCCUUUAGCAACGGCAUUGCCAUACCCUUUCUGCCCCGUAGUCUGCCCGUCGAGCAGCGCUUCAAACUAGCAACUAGGACAGCAAAUCGCGAGUUGAAGACGUAUCAGAAGCGGCUGAAGACUACUAAGGGCGAGAGCGUGGGUCUGGAUAAGCAUUCACCUAGCCGGCUGCUGGCGACAGGCUAUAUAUCGCAAAUUGAGCGCAUUAAGGCAACCCUGCCACUUCACAAACGAAGUAGUAUAACAGAUCUGCAGGGCGAGUUAAAGCCAGGUGGGGACUUCAGUGCAACAUGCGGGGUUAGUAGUGUAGGGAGUUUAAAAGGGUUUUUCAGGCCUGGGGAGUAUAAUUUAAGUGAUAAGGGUAGGGAUUUAGUGGUAGAUUACAGAGAGUUAAGGUUGUGCGUGAGAGCAAGGGAAGGAGAGUUUCUAGUACUAAGUUCAACUGAUGGAGAGGAGCGCGUGGAGUUCAGUGUGAGCUACGACAUGAACGCUAUAGAUUCUGAAACAGCGGAGAUGUGGGUCAAGACGAUUACAGAGCUGCUGGAGAAGAAGGACAGGCCGAAGCUGUAAACUGAAUCGAAUGUGUAUCGUUUCAGGUAGGAACCAUCCCAAUCAAAAAGGGUCCUUUUGAUAGAAAGCAGCAUAGUAUUGAUGAUAGCGAAAGAUGUGACUAAGAGGCAUGCUCUCCUUUCUGCGAGCUUACGAGCAUGUUAUAGGAUGCGUGUUGCCAGGUAAUCACGAUACAAGCCACUUCGUUGUCGCAAUCAAAAGCGGUAAUCAAGUUUCGAAUAGCAAGAUUACGGAGAGAUCGUAGUGGUUUCUAUGUAGCUGG